UAUCCUCCCAAAACAUCCUCCUCGAAAAUGUUCUCCGCAGGCCGAUCCGCAUUCCGCGCCCGUUCCGUUGUCCCGGCUGUCGCCCGCCGCUACAACCAGGUUUCCACCGCCGGUGCCACUGGUGCCUUCUCCGGUAAGAAGAACGGCAACGGCAACUUCACCGUCUCGUUGAUCGAGGGUGACGGUAUCGGUCCGGAGAUCUCGGAGUCUGUUAAGGAUAUCUUCAAGGCUGCUCACGUCCCUAUCGAGUGGGAGCCCGUCGAUGUCGGACCUAUCCUCGUUGACGGCAAGUCCGCCAUCCCCGAGGACGCCGUCCGCUCCAUCAAGAAGAACACUAUCGCCCUUAAGGGUCCCCUCGCUACCCCCAUCGGUAAGGGUCACGUUUCGCUGAACUUGACUCUCCGUCGUACCUUCAACCUCUUCGCCAACUUGCGUCCAUGCAAGUCUGUCGCUGGAUUCAAGACUGCCUACGACAACGUCGACAUCGUCCUUAUCAGAGAAAACACCGAGGGAGAGUACUCCGGUAUCGAGCACGUCGUCGUUCCCGGUGUCGUUCAGUCCAUCAAGCUCAUCACCAAGGAUGCUUCCGAGCGUGUCAUCCGCUUCGCUUUCAACCACGCCCGUGAGUGCGGCCGCAAGCGCGUUACCGUCGUCCACAAGGCUUCCAUCAUGAAGAUGUCCGAUGGUCUCUUCUUGAACCUCGCCAACGAGAUCGGCAAGGAGUACCCCGACAUCGCCCUCGACGCCGAGCUUCUCGACAACGCCUGUUUGAAGAUUGUCACCGACCCCCUCCCCUACAACGACCGCGUCAUGGUCAUGCCCAACUUGUACGGUGACAUUCUCUCCGACAUGUGCGCCGGUUUGAUCGGUGGUCUCGGUUUGACUCCUUCUGGUAACAUCGGUCGUGACGCCUCCAUCUUCGAGGCCGUCCACGGUUCCGCUCCCGACAUCGCCGGUAAGGGUCUCGCUAACCCCACUGCCCUCCUCCUCUCUUCCCUCAUGAUGCUCCGUCACAUGUCCCUCAACGACGAGGCUCACAGAAUCGAGCGCGCUGCUUUCGAUGUUCUUGCUGAGGGCAAGUCCAUCACUGGUGACUUGGGUGGCAAGGCUUCUACCAGGGAGUACACUGAGGCUAUCAUCUCCCGCUUGAGGUAA